CCGCACAGAGAGAUAUAUUGGUAACAGGCAUCUUUGUUAUGUUGGUUUUCUUACUUCUAUUGGUAACGUCAAGUUGCCUCGGAGGUGACGUCACGACCAAAUUUACAGUUCAAAAACAUUGGCGUAACAACUUUGAAGGUUCUUUUUGCUUCCACCUUACUUCAGACAUAGUUGGAUUUGAAAUCUUCGUCUCAUUUGAUAGCGGUGUAAAGAGUCUGCGGCAAUUCGAGUGUGAAUGGUUAGGGAAACACCCUGAUUGUGCGUCCAAGAUAACUUUGGUGAAUAAAGUAUCAAGAGCACUUCAUAAAAAAGGAGAAGAUCUGUGCAUCCGAUUCCUUGGAGAACUUUGUGGUGACGGUACACCUUCUGGAUCAGCUACUCUGAAAGAUUUAACAGUUGAUCAUCAAAAGGUCCCCGCUGUUCCUCACAUAAGUGGUUUACAAUCCACUAAAUACAAUUAUGCCGAAGUUCUGGAAAAGUCAAUCCUGUUUUAUGAGGCCCAGAGAUCGGGUAAACUUCCAAAAAAUAACAGAAUACCAUGGAGGGCUGAUUCAGCUCUGGGUGAUAAGGGAGAUGCUGGAGAAGAUUUGACCGGUGGAUGGUACGAUGCUGGAGAUAACGUAAAGUUUAAUUUUCCUAUGGCUUGGAGUACAACCGUUUUGACCUGGGGUUUGAUCCAAUGGAAAGAUGCCUAUGAGAAAUCAGGACAAUUGGACUACAUGUAUGAUUCUAUCAGAUGGCCCAUGGAUUAUCUUAUGAAAUGUCACAGCAAAACUAAUGAAUUAUACGUUCAGGUGGGUGAUGGAAACAUUGAUCACAGCUCAUGGACAAGUCCAGAACGAAUGACCAGUCAGAGACCCGCAUUUAAGAUCGACACAUCGCAUGGUGGAGCUGAUGUUGCCAUGGAAACAGCAGCUGCCUUGGCUGCCGGUUCGAUUGUUUUCAAGACAAAAGAUGCCGCUUAUUCUCACAAACUGCUAACACAAGCUAAAUCAAUUUAUGAUUUUGCUAGAAAGACUAAUGAUCGGUAUAGUGUUACUGUACAUGCAGCUGCUAAAUUUUACAAAUCUAGCAACGUAUCGGAUGAAUUAGGUUGGGGAGCUGUAUGGAUGUAUAAAGCUACUGGGGAUAAAUCUUAUAUUGCUGAAGCUGAGAAACACCACGAUUCUGGUGCAGCUUGGGGAUUCUCAUGGGAUGAGAAAACAGCAGGACUUAAUAUGCUGCUAUAUGAAAUAACAAAGAAGGAUAUGUAUAAACAAGAUAUUAUCGCUACCAUGAAAGCCUGGAUGCCCGGUGGACAUCUCCCGUACUCACCCAAAUGUCUGGCUUUUAGACUAACCUGGGGAGCUUUAAGAUAUUCUGCUAAUACUGCCUUGAUUGCUCUGAUGGCUGCUGAUCAUGGAAUCAAUCCGGAACCUUACAGAAAAUGGGCGAUGAGUCAGAUUCACUAUGCUCUUGGUGACGCGGGUCGAAGUUAUGUUGUUGGUUUCGGUAAAAAUCCACCAACACAACCACAUCACAGAGCAAGUUCAUGUCCUAUGUUACCAGCACCAUGUGGAUCAGAUGCCCAACGUAAUCCUGGACCCAACCCACAUACACUUUACGGAGCUUUAGUCGGAGGUCCCGGUAAAAAUGAUGAUUAUGUUGAUGAAAGAAAGGAUUACACUAAGAAUGAAGUUGCUUGUGAUUACAAUGCCGGUUUCCAGAGUGCUGUAGCAGGUCUACUUCACCUGUCCAUAAAGCACCAGCUACCAUCAGAAUACCACAGUAUAUGUAAAUAAUAUAUAAUGCCGUAAAAUAGCGGAUGCAAACCAAAUCAAUAAAACAUUAUUUUACUUUC